GCAAAGACCAAAGGCAUUCACACAUCGUGUGACAUUGGUGUAAAAUACGCAGACAAACAGAAACGCCAUUUUGAUGACAAGAAGAUCAAGGCUGGACAGUGUGUCAUCGGACUGCAGAUGGGGACCAACAAGUGUGCAAGCCAGGCUGGUAUGACAGCGUACGGGACCAGGAGACAUCUUUACGACCCAAAGACCCAGACAGACAAGCCUUACGACCAGACCACCAUCAGUCUGCAGAUGGGCACCAACAAAGGAGCCAGCCAGGCCGGUAUGUCCUGCCCGGGAACGCGUCGUGACAUCUUCGACAAUAAGCAGGUGCAGCAAGUGGACAACUCCACCAUAUCCUUGCAGAUGGGCACCAACAAGGCAGCGUCCCAGAAGGGCAUGAGCGCAUAUGGCCUAGGACGCCAGGUGUACAACCCCAAGUACUGCGGCUCGCCCACCGAGCCUGUCAUCCAUGCCGACGGGAGCCUGGGCACCAACUGCUCAGAGAUCAGCGACAGUGACUAUCAGGCUAAGGAGUUCCUCCACGAGGGAGAGGGGGAGGAGUACCCAGUGGCUUAUCAUGAAGAGGACGACUACAGCGACGUGGCCCACUACAACGAGGUCGACCAGGGCAUCGACUAUUAGGGCUGUCCCCUCAGGGCCACUAGCCUGGUCCCAAAUCUGUCUGUGCUGCCUGGCUAAUCCGGCUCCACCAUAACAGCCGCUAGACGGAACAGUUAAACAGUGUAUUUUAUCCACGACAAACAGAUCCAGUCUUUUUCCUCGGUAGCCUUCUUUUUAUUGUUGUUUUUAAACUGAAGCAUAAGAGAGGAAAUGUUGCCUUGAGUUCAUUACUUCUUCACCUCCUCCCAACUCUUCUUCCAUUAUGAGCAGCAGUGGUUUCAGUCAGUUAAAGUAUGUAAUGUCCUGAGAUCCAGUGUUUAGGAUGUGCGAUAUUAGGAUUGAGAACAUUCCUUCUAAAUCGACUGGUACAUUAUGAGGUAUGGGACAUUGUGGACGUAAAUGUUGUAUCAUCUGCAGCCAUUUCAUGUUUUUUAUCCCCAGACUGCUUUACUCAUCCCUUUAAAGGAAUUCACACAAUUAAAAUUAAAAGGUUCACCAGC